UUAGACAACUUGGUUUUACUUCGAGUCUGCGUGUUUUCCCCUAUGUAUCGUUUGGCAAUUAGGAAAUGGUUGGCGGUAGUGAUUGUACUAUUCGGGAUCGCCUCGGCCAGUUUCAUAGACGGCACCUGUAGAGGCAGAAUGGGCAAUCGUGAGAUCUACAAGAAAGUUGAUCGAGUUUGUGAGGACUGUGCUAAUAUCUUUCGAUUGCCUGGGUUGGAAGGCUUGUGUAGAGAUCGGUGCUUCUACAACGAAUGGUUUCUGCUUUGUCUGAAGGCUGCCAACAGGGAGUCCGAGAUCGACAACUUCAGAGUGUGGAUAAGUAUUCUAAACGCCUGAAAACGACCCAAUCAUUACAAUUCUUAACCUUGUUUAUUUUGGAUUUCUGUUAGGUUAAUGGUACCCUCAAGUGACAUUCCAGUCUGAGCCUACAAGGUCUGGCGGUCAUGCAGAGCAUGUAUAGAAAAGAUUACAUGUGAAAUAUUGUCUGAUCUGCAGUCUAUCACGACCUAGAUCCCUGUUUAUCUUGCAGUUCAUAUUACACUGACUUGAAUUUGGGAAAUAAACAAUAAACAAUACCUCUCAUGUAUUUUAAUCU